ACACUUGGAAUCUGGCCUUAGAAUUGGGACUUUCAGGAAGGGAGGCGGGUUUCUGUUCUGCAUCUCACCCCCAGUGGACACUGGCAGCCUCCAAUCCUGCAGUGAGAACUGGACCCCCGUAUGGACAUAUGCUUGUCUCUGCAUAGAUGUAAUUGUGUGUUUGAGGACUGUGUGAACACACGUGUACUUGACCCUUAUGUGAACAUGACGGUGACUGACCCACUCUAUCAGUGGGUUUGUAUGUAUGUCCCCUACACAUACGUGUCUAUGUAUAGGACCCUCCUGUGAUUAGGUGUACAAUCCUUCAUAUGCACAUGUGUGGGUUUAUGAACCUCCUUGUCAACCUCUGAGGCGGUGACCUGCUGAAUAAAUGGGCAUGAGAAUACAACCUUACAUGUGAAUAUGUAUAAACAUAUGUGGCAGGCCCUUUAUGUGUACAUAUGUGUGCACAAAACUCCCUGUGAAUGUGCAUGUGCAUGUCUCUCCUGUUAUUUCAUGUGUUCACAGCCCGCCUGUGAAUAUGUGUGUGUGCAUAUCGUGUGCAUGCACAUCACCCUCCUCUGGACACAUGUGACUCUUGUGUAAACCAGUAUAACUGUGCCAGGCACCACACUCUGAGUGGUUCCUCUGACCUGGCAUGUGUUCCUCCAGCCCAACCCUAGGGACUGAUCCCUCCUAGCCAUAGGGCUCCCCCCAUUACUGCUCUAAGCAAAUAGGAGGCCCCAAAGGUAAACAGGUGUGCCUCCACAGUGAGGGGUGGGGCAUGGGCAGUUUGCCUGGGGCCUCCUGCUGCCCCAGCCCCCAAACCAGGAGCUGAUGCCCUUUCUGUGGUCCAGGGACCCUCUUCUCUCUACUCAUACUCCCUUCUCCCCCUAAGGGCUCUUCCCACUGCAGUGAUGACCUUUACCUCUUGAAUAAAUGCUCCAAAUUCCUAUUCUCCCUCUUGCCAGCUCCUGGUCCCUCCCCUCUCUUCAAGGCCACAUAGUUAAUAUUUGACCUGGAAGAGAGGGGAGAGGCCAAUGGCCCCUGGCCCUGUCUGUGGGUGUCUAAUGAGAUUGGGUGGAUCAGGCUGGCUCCACACCUAGCCCAGCCCAGGAAGUCUUCAGGAGCCACCUCAGAAAUCAGGCCUGUUAUACAGGGGUCAGAGGAGCCCUGCCACCUACCCCGACCCCAUCCUCAACUGAUUGGCUUGAGGGAGGGUUCAGGUGUGGGAACAGUCUCCAAGAUGUGCCAGGGGAGGUGGCCAAGAGCUCAGGAAUCCCAUCGUCCAUCUUUUCCAUGUUGCUCAUGUCUCAAUUAACUGGGCUUGUACACUACAGCCUCCUGCAUAGACAUUACACUGGUGCAGCCAGGAGGGUCCAGAUACCCACUCCGCCAAUGCCUAUGAGUGCCUGUUUGCAGAAAACGGACCUCAGAGAACCAGGAGUAGCCCUGCUGUCAGGGCAGGGUGACCAUAUCAGUGACCUAUAACCUCUCUAUGACCCCACAACUCCCUCUUACUAUGGAGUUUGUAUUUGAUGCAGAUAGGCAGUGUGUGAUCCAUCCCUCCCUCUGACCUCUUACCUGGGAUUCCAUGGCCACACAACCCUGUGAUUCCAUGUCUCCCCAAUCCCAGGACCCUCCCUGGCCCCAUGACCCCUGACCUUCCAAGUGACCUCCCUGGACCUUGACCUCUGUGACUCUUCUUCCCAUCAUCCCCUUGACUCUGGCCCUGGCUCCCCUUGGGGGUCUUUUUGGUCUGGGCCUCCCUAGGAAGAUGUGGGGGAGGCUCUGGCCUCUCCUGAGCUUCCUCACAGCAACUGCAUUCCCUGGACUCUCGCUUCGGAGACCAUCCAGAGAACUAGAUGCCACCCCGCGGAUGACCAUCCCCUAUGAAGAGCUCUCUGGAACCCGGCACUUCAAGGGCCAAGCCCAGAACUACUCAACGCUGCUGCUGGAGGAGGCCUCGGCGAGGCUGCUGGUGGGAGCCCGAGGCGCCCUGUUUUCUCUCAAUGCCCACAACAUAGGAGAUGGGGCUCACAAAGAGAUCCGCUGGGAGGCCUCCCCAGAGAUGCAAAGCAAAUGUCAUCAAAAAGGGAAAAACAACCAGACCGAGUGCUUCAACCACGUGCGAUUCCUACAGCGGCUCAAUGCCACCCACCUCUACGCAUGCGGGACUCACGCCUUCCAGCCCCUCUGUGCAGCCAUUGACGCUGAGGCCUUCACCUUGCCAACCAGCUUCGAGGAGGGGAAAGAGAAGUGUCCUUACGACCCAGCCCGUGGCUUCACAGGCCUUAUCAUUGAUGGAGGCCUCUACACAGCCACACGGUAUGAAUUCCGGAGCAUUCCUGACAUCCGCCGGAGCCGCCACCCGCAAUCCCUGAGGACGGAGGAGGCACCGAUGCACUGGCUGAAUGAUGCUGAGUUUGUGUUCUCCGUCCUGGUGCGGGAAAGCAAGGCUAGUGCAGUGGGUGACGAUGACAAGGUUUACUACUUCUUCACGGAGCGCGCUGCUGAGGAGGGCUCCAGCAGCUUUGCUCAGAGCCGCAGCAGCCACCGUGUGGCCCGUGUGGCCCGUGUGUGCAAGGGAGACCUGGGAGGGAAGAAGAUCUUGCAGAAGAAGUGGACCUCCUUCUUAAAGGCGCGUCUUAUCUGCCACAUUCCACAGUAUGAGACACUACGUGGUGUCUGCAGCCUGGAUGCUGACACCUCAUCCCGCACACACUUCUAUGCGGCCUUCACGCUGACCACUCAGUGGAAGACCCUGGAAGCCUCGGCCAUCUGCCGCUACGACCUGGCUGAGGUACAGGCUGUCUUUGCAGGCCCCUACAUGGAAUACCAGGAUGGUGCCCGGCGCUGGGGCCGCUACGAGGGCGAGGUGCCAGAGCCCCGGCCUGGCUCGUGCAUCACAGAUUCGUUGCGCAGCCGAGGCUACAACUCAUCCCAGGACUUGCCAUCCUUGGUCCUGGACUUUGUGAAGUUGCACCCACUGAUGGCUCGGCCCGUGGUACCAACACGCGGACGGCCCUUGCUGCUCAAGCGCAGUGUGCGCUACACACACCUCACAGGGACACCUGUCGCCACGCCUGCUGGACCCACCUAUGACUUGCUCUUUCUGGGCACAGCUGAUGGCUGGAUCCACAAGGCCGUGGUCCUGGGCUCUGGGAUGCACAUUAUCGAAGAGACACAAGUAUUCAAAGAGCCCCAGUCUGUGGAGAGUCUGGUCAUCUCUCCAAUGCAGCACAGCCUCUACGUGGGGGCCCCUGCUGGAGUCAUCCAGCUACCACUGUCCAGCUGCUCCCGCUACCGCUCCUGCUAUGACUGCAUCCUGUCCCGAGACCCCUACUGCGGCUGGGACACUAGCACCCAUGCCUGCAUGGCAGCCACCACCGUAGCCAACAGGACAGCACUGAUACAGGACAUAGAGAGAGGAAACCGAGGUUGUGAAGGCAACAGGAACACAGGGCCACCACCACCACUGAAGACCCGCUCUGUGCUCCGGGGUGAUGAUGUCCUCCUGCCCUGUGAUCAGCCAUCCAACCUGGCCCGGGCCUUGUGGCUGCUCAAUGGGAGCAUGGGCCUGAGCGAUGGGCAGGAUGGCUACCGCGUGGGCGUGGAUGGGCUGCUGGUAACAGACACACAGCCUGAGCACAGUGGCAACUAUGGCUGCUAUGCUGAGGAGAAUGGCCUCCGCACCCUGCUGGCCUCCUACAGCCUCAAGGUCCGGCCAGCCACUCCUGCCCCGGCUCCACAAGCCCCUGCCCUGCCUGGGGCACAACUGGCACCUGAUGUGAGGCUGCUCUAUGUGCUAGCCAUUGCUGCACUUGGUGGCCUCUGCCUCAUCCUGGCUUCCUCCCUUCUCUAUGUGGCCUGUCUUCGGGGAGGUGGACGAGGGCGCCGACGGAAAUACUCAUUGGGUCGGGCCAACCGGGCAGGGGGCUCUGCUGUGCAGCUGCAGACAAUCUCAGGCCAGUGUCCUGGAGAGGAAGAUGAGGGUGACGAUGGGGAGGGGGCUGGAGGCCUGGAGGGUGGCUGCCUCCAGAUCAUCCCUGGGGAGGGGGCCCCAGCACCACCACCUCCACCACCCCCACCACCACCGGCUGAGCUGACCAAUGGGUUGGUGGCACUGCCCAGCCGCCUGCGCAGAAUGAAUGGCAGCAGCUAUGUGCUCCUGAGGCAGAGCAACAAUGGAGUGCCCACAGGGCCCUGCUCCUUCGCUGAGGAGCUUAGCCGCAUCCUGGAGAAGAGGAAGCACACACAGCUCGUAGAGCACCUGGAUGAGAGCUCUGUCUGAGCCCAGCCUCCCAGGACAAAUGCUCUUCCAAGCCAGCCUGUCUGCCCCAGGCUGGGCCGCUGCCUCCCCAACACAACCACCCUACCUUCACUCCCUCAACUCCAGGCCCUUCUCCCAUCUUUUUCAUGUCCCUGUAGGGCUGGCCAGAGUGAGGCCCAGCCAAAGCCCCCUCUUCAGUCUCCACAGACCCACUGUGAGCAGCCCAGGCCAACCGGUACUCCUCAAGGCAGGGCUCUGCAGGUCCAGAUGGCCUCAAUGUCACCAUCCUCUGCAUGGCCCUAUGUGCUGGAUGGUCCAGAAACCAGACAAGACCUCUGCCAGCCACCAGAGCCACCCAAGCCUUGCGUACAUUCACAUGCGCACAUGGAAGAAUGUCUAUCAGCUGGGCUGCAGGGCCCCCAUCCCCACCUCCUGGUGCAUUCUUGUGUUUCAUCCCUUCUUCUGGACUUUGGAUGCCCUCCCAAUUGCUACAUCUCAUCCUAUCUAGUCCUCUCCCCUAGUCCCAGCCCCAUGUGGUGACCUCUUUGGCAAGAGCUUGGAAACAGGCCAGCCUGGGGAGGUAAGACUGCAUCAUUCCUCUCUUCUCCUCCCUUAAUGCGCAGCCCUUAUGAGUCGGCCUCCCCACCCCCUUGCCACUCUCAAGAGUGACCGAGACAGAACUCUAGGCAUGUCCCUUCCUCGUGCACAUGUACUUUACAUUUCCAGUCACAUGCACCUUCUGAGCCUCCCCUUGCUGCCCCAGACCUGUGUCUGUUGGGUUUGGUCCAUGGACAUUUCAGAGGGAGAGCCCUCUCCAAUUCAACUGUCCUUGCAGACACUUCCCUAGGACGGGUGACCAACACUGCACUCAAUGAGCCAGGCUCCCUUUUAGGGACCAAACAUUUGCUACCCCUAGACCAGAGCAGGGGGAGGAGACAUCCAAUGUCUCACCUGGCACAUGAAGCCCGUUCUUGGAACUAUGCAAAGGGCAGAGGCUGGGAGUUUGGAUGCUUGGCUCCCACCCCUGUCCUACCUCACCGGGGCACUUUCAGGGCCCAGGGGCCUUUGAAGUCUCCAGGCCCAUACGGGACAAUCAAAUCCUGACUGAGCUCCCCCAUUCCCUUUGGGUGAGGAUGACUGUUAUUUUUGUAGCUGAGAACGUGGAAUGCCACGGGUUUUUACUGCCCUUUACCCAAUCUCUCCCACCUCCACCCUACAAUGAAUGUAUUUAUUGUGAGAACGGCUACUUGUCUUUAGGAAUGCCCUCACACACCACUCAGGUGGGCAGAAUGGGCAUGGGAUAGAGUGGGGAGCCUGGGCUCAGCUCCUCCCCGCUCUGUUGGUUAAUAAAUACCCUCUUUCCCCACA